AUGCUGCGAGCGACACUUAAAGAAUAUUUAACUAUGUCUAAGAAAGUUAUAGUCAUUGCUGGUACCACGGGAGUGGGAAAAUCUCAACUGUCUAUACAACUAGCUAAAAAAUUCAACGGUGAAAUUAUCAAUUCAGAUUCUAUGCAGGUUUAUAAAGAUAUCCCUAUCAUAACAAAUAAGCAUCCGAUUUCAGAAAGAGAGGGUAUUCCUCACCACGUAAUGAACCAUGUCGAUUGGUCCGAAGAAUACUACUCGCACCGUUUUGAAAGCGAAUGCAUCAAGGCCAUUGAAGAUAUUCACAAAAGAGGCAAGAUACCCAUCGUGGUAGGAGGCACUCAUUACUAUUUACAGACCUUGUUCAACAAGAAGGUAGAAACGCGGUUUUCGGAACGUGAACUCACUCAGGAACAAUUAGAGAUUUUGCAAUCUAAUGACCCCGAUAUCGUUUAUAGCACUCUUGUGGAAUGCGAUCCGGAUAUCGCCAACAAGUACCAUCCUAAUGACUAUAGAAGAGUACAAAGGAUGCUGGAAAUUUACUAUAAAACGGGCAAGAAGCCAAGUGAAACGUUUAGCGAACAAAAGAUCUCCUUAAAAUAUGACACCUUAUUUUUAUGGUUAUACAGUAGACCAGAACCACUUUUCCAAAGACUAGACGAUCGUGUGGACGUAAUGCUUGAAAGAGGCGCCCUACAAGAAAUCGAGCAAUUGCACGAAUAUUACAAGCAAAAUAAUUUCACUCCGGAACAGUGCGAAAAUGGUGUUUGGCAAGUCAUCGGCUUCAAAGAAUUUUUACCAUGGUUAACAAGAGAACCUAAUGAUACCACUGUGAACUUAGCAGAUUGUAUAGAGCGAAUGAAAACACGUACUCGUCAAUAUGCAAAAAGACAAGUGAAAUGGAUCAAGAAAAUGCUUAUACCCGAUAUCAAAGGUGAUAUUUACCUGCUGGAUGCCACCGACCUCUCUCAAUGGGACAUCACCGCUUCCCAAAGGGCAAUCGCCAUUUCCGAUGACUUUGUUAAUAACUUGCCGGUAAAGCAAGAAAGAGCACCAGAAGCCCUAGGGGAGCUAUUAUCCGAGGGAGAAACUACAAUGAAGAAGUUGGACGAUUGGACCCAUUUCACUUGCAACAUAUGUCGCAAUGCGGACGGUAAGAAUUUGGUAGCUAUCGGUGAGAAAUACUGGAAUAUACAUUUGCGCAGCAGAAGACAUAAAUCUAAUUUGAAAAGAGGCGCACGUAACGCCGACUUUGAAAAAUGGAAAGUACACAAGAAGGAACCUGCUGAAUAA